AUGCUCUUCACCCGAACCGUCGCCGAGAAGACCAAGGCUGGCCAGCGACAGGAUAUUGAAGAGAAGGCUUACACAUUCCACGCUUACGGGCGGACUGAGGGUGUUGCUGGUGUGAUUGUUACCGACGGCGACUACCCUGCUCUCGUGGCCCACCAGCUCCUGGGCAAGAUCGUUGACGAGUUCCUGGCCAAGCACCCACGCACUUCCUUCUCCGACCCCUCUCUGCGCGAGAACGCCUGCCCCUUGCCGCAACUCAAGGAGUAUAUUGUCAAGUACCAGGACCCCAGCCAGGCCGACAGUAUCAUGAAGAUCCAACAGGAGCUUGACGAAACGAAGAUUGUCCUGCACAAGACGAUCGAGAGCGUUCUGGAGCGUGGUGAGAAGAUUGACUCCUUGGUGCAGAAGAGCGAUGGAUUGUCAGCUCAGAGCAAGAUGUUUUAUACCCAGGCCAAGAAGCAAAACUCCUGCUGCGUUUUGAUGUAA